AUGAUAUAAUAGAUUAAUAAAUACUACAAAUUAGAAGAAUUUUUCAACUCUUCACUCUAAUCUCAUUAGAUUCUUCAUAUUAAUCCUUGUGGAUAAUAAAUAAGUGAUUAAGAUGCAUUAGAAUUAGGUUCUGCUUUAGCAAAUUGCACAAAUCUCUCAAAUUUGACACUUAUCCUUUAUAACAUCAAAAUUGGUGUAAUAGGAGUAACAAGAUUAGUUUCUGCUUUAGCAAAUUGCACAAAUCUCUCAAAUUUGACACUUAAUCUUGGAUCGAAUAUUGGUGAUUAAGGUACAUCAGACUUAGGUUAUGCUUUAGCAAAUUGCACUAAUCUCUCAUAUUUAACACUUGAUCUUAGCGAUAAUAAAAUUUGUGCAAUUGGUAUAUCAUGUUUAUGUUCUGCUUUAGUAAAUUGCACUAAUCUCUCAAAUUUGACACUUGAUCUUAGUGACAAUAAAAUUGGUUCAAUAGGUGCAUAAGGCUUAUGCCGUGCUUUAGCAAAUUGCAAAAAUCUCUCAAAUUUUACACUUUCUCUUCAAUAGAAUUAAAUUGGCGAUUAAGGCUCAUUAGCCUUAGGUUCUGAUUUAUAAAAUUACUCUAAUAUCUCAAAUUUGUCACUUAAUCUUUCAUCCAAUUAAAUUUCUGAUAAAGGAGUAUCUGGAUUAGGUUCUGCUUUAUCAAAUUGCACUUAUCUCUCAAGUUUGAAACUUGAUCUUAGUGACAAUAAAGUUGGUGCAUUAGGUAUAUCAUGCUUAUGCUCUGCUUUAGCAAAUUGCAUUAAUCUCUCAAAUUUGACACUUGAUUUUAGUAUCAAUAAAAUUGGGGUAAAUGUUGCAUCAGGCUUAUGUUCUAGUUUAGGAAAUUGCACUAAUCUCUCAAGCUUGACACUUGAUCUUAGUGACAAUAAAAUUGGUGCAAUUGGUGUAUUAGGCUUAUGUUCUGCUUUAGCAAAUUGCACAAAUAUCUCAAAAUUGAAACUUACUCUUUAAAACAGUAACAUUGGUGAUUAAGAUGUAUCAGGCUUAGGUUGUGCUUUAGCAAACUGCAUUAAUCUCUCAAAUUUGAUACUUGAUCUUAGUUGCAAUUAAAUUGGUAAUUAAGUUGCAUCAGACUUAGGUUCUGCUUUAGCAAAUUGUACUAAUCUCUCGUAUUUGGAACUUAAUUUUUGUAAAAACUAAAUCUAUAAAAAAUAUCAAUUGAAAGUGAAAAGCAAGUUUAUUAAAUUAAAAAGAUUAGUUGACUUUAAAUUAAAGUUCUGA